AAAAAUGGUAGUAACAUUAAAAAAUCUAGAGAAAAAUUACAACUAUAAAGAAGAGUGAACACCAAUCUAGUUAUCCAAAGUCUUACAAGUUCCCAUAUUUUUCGAUUUUGUUAUACCCAAUUAAACAUUAAUUACUGAUUAAUUUAAUUAGUAUUUUUUUAAUCAUUUUUAUCAUCCAUUUUUGUAAAUUUUUUAUAUCAAAACCACAUUGUUUUCAUUCAUAUUAAGAAAAAAUCAAUACCCUCUGUCGGAUCAGAUCGGAUGAAUAUUCCCUCAUAAAAAUUUUGCAGCCAAUUAUAGAUCUGAUGUGAUUUUAUAUGAUUUUGUCUAUGCAGCUACAACAAAAGAACAAAGUAUUGCCAUUUUUUUUUCACCUUUAAUUUCCUUCCACAGACAAAUAGUUUCGGAGCUUUGUCACUUAUCUGUGACUCAGCCUCAAGCCGAGGCUCUUCAAGGCUUCAUAUAUGAUAUACUGAACCUGUGUCGGUUUAUCAGCUGUGGAACGAUCUGGGAGUCAUAGUUGGGGUUGUAUCAAGCAAUAGGCGAAUGGGGUCGUUGAAAAAUGAAGAGGAAUUGGAGGGAGUUGAGGAAGGGUCAAAGGAAGCAAUCUUGUAUGUUAAUGGGGUUCGCAAGGUGUUGCCUGAUGGGUUGGCUCAUUUGACUCUUCUCGAGUAUCUUAGAGACAUAGGUCUGACGGGGACAAAGUUGGGCUGUGGCGAAGGUGGUUGUGGGGCUUGCACUGUGAUGGUUUCUUAUUUUGAUGAAAAUUCGAAGAAAUGUGUGCAUUAUGCUGUCAAUGCAUGCUUAGCCCCUCUGUAUUCUGUCGAAGGGAUGCAUGUAAUUACAGUGGAGGGGAUUGGAAACCGCAGAAAUGGAUUGCAUCCAAUUCAGGAAUCAUUGGCCCUCUCUCAUGGGUCACAAUGCGGAUUUUGUACUCCUGGUUUCAUUAUGUCCAUGUAUGCGUUAUUAAGGUCAAGUCAGACACCACCCAGUGAAGAGCAGAUCGAAGAAAGCCUUGCAGGAAAUUUGUGUAGAUGCACAGGUUACAGACCGAUUAUUGAUGCAUUUCGAGUAUUUGCCAAAACUGAUGAUGUUUUAUAUACUGAUAGAUCUUCACUGAGCCUUCAAGAAGGUGAGUUUAUUUGCCCUUCAACUGGUAAGCCCUGUUCAUGUAAAUCAGGGAGUUCAAAUGAUAAGGAUGCUGCCAAAUCAAAUAUGAGUUGUGUUGAUAGGUAUGAACCCAUUUCUUACAGUGAGAUACAGGGAAGCACAUACACCGAAAAAGAGCUUAUUUUCCCCCCUGAGCUGUUAUUGAGGAAAUUAACUCCUUUGAAUAUGAAUGGAUUUGGUGGGCUUAAGUGGUAUCGGCCCUUAGGACUAAAACAUUUGUUGGAGUUAAAAGCAAGAUACCCAGAUGCAAAGUUAGUGGUAGGUAAUUCCGAGGUAGGAAUUGAAAUGAGGUUGAAGAGAAUCCAGCAUCAAGUUUUGAUCUCUGUCAUAAAUAUACCUGAACUUACUAUGUUGAGUGUGAAGGAUGAUGGCUUGGAGAUAGGUGCUGCAGUACGAUUAUCAUCACUCCAGAACCUUUUGAGAAAGGUUUUGGCAGACCGUGUUGCUUAUGAAACAUCAGCUUGUAAGGCCUUUAUUGAACAGAUAAAAUGGUUUGCCGGGACACAGAUAAAAAAUGUUGCAUCAGUUGGUGGAAAUAUUUGUACUGCCAGUCCAAUCUCAGAUUUGAAUCCGCUCUGGAUGGCUGCAGGAGCAAAGUUCAGAGUGAUAAAUUGUAAAGGGAAUAUCAGAACAGUCCUGGCAGAAAAUUUCUUCCUGGGUUACCGUAAGGUGGAUCUGGCGCAUGAUGAAAUUUUACUCUCAAUUUUUUUACCAUGGACUAGGCCUUUUGAGUUUGUGAAAGAAUUCAAGCAGGCUCAUCGAAGGGAUGACGAUAUUGCAAUUGUAAAUGCUGGAAUGCGGGUUUAUCUUCAAGAAAAGGAAGAAAAGUGGGUGGUUUCAGAUGCAUCAAUUGCUUAUGGAGGGGUAGCUCCCCUGUCUCUUUCUGCAUCAAAAACAAAAGAUUUUCUUAUUGGUAAGAUUUGGAACCGGGAACUAUUGCAGGAUGCUUUGAAAAUUUUGCAAAAGAACAUUUUAAUCAAGGAUGAUGCACCAGGUGGGAUGGUGGAGUUUCGAAAAUCUUUAACUCUAAGUUUCUUCUUUAAAUUUUUCCUAUGGGUUUCUCAUCAAAUGGAUGGGCAGAGAUUCUUCCUGGAAACUGUACCAAUAUCACAUCUGUCAGCUGUACAGCCAUUCCACCGGCCAUCAGUUACAGGAAUGCAGGACUAUGAAGUUGUAAAACAUGGGACAGCUGUGGGGUCUCCCGAGAUUCAUCUUUCAUCGAAACUUCAAGUUACAGGGGAGGCAGAAUAUGCUGAUGACAUGCCAAUGCCUCCAAAUGGUCUACAUGCUGCUUUAGUAUUAAGUAGAAAGCCUCAUGCUCGUAUCCUUUCAAUAGAUGAUUCAGGAGCGAAGUCUUCACCUGGGUUUGCAGGAAUAUUUUUUCAUAAAGAUGUGCCAGGUGGUAAUGCUAUUGGACCAGUUGUUAACGAUGAGGAAAUAUUUGCUUCAGAAUUUGUCACUUUUGUGGGACAGGUAAUAGGAGUAGUUGUUGCUGAUACACAAGAAAAUGCAAAACUAGCGGCAAGAAAAGUUCAUGUUAAAUAUGAAGAGCUCCCAGCGAUCUUAUCAAUAGAGGAUGCCCUCAAAGCUAAAAGUUUCCUUCCUAAUACAGAGAGGCAUAUAGAGAAAGGGGACGUUGACCUCUGUUUUCAAUCAGGCUGUUGUGAUAAGAUCUUAGAGGGUGAAGUCCAUGUAGGAGGCCAGGAACACUUCUAUUUGGAGACAAACAGCAGUUUAGUGUGGACAACAGAUAGCGGGAAUGAAGUUCACAUGAUAUCAUCCACUCAAUGUCCCCAGAAGCAUCAGAAAUAUGUUUCUCAUGUUCUUGGUCUUCCAAUGUCAAAAGUAGUUUGCAAAACCAAGCGAAUCGGUGGUGGAUUUGGGGGGAAAGAGACUAGGUCAGCUUGCUUUGCUGCUGUGGCUUGUGUUCCAUCAUAUCUGUUGAAUCGGCCAGUGAAACUCACAUUAGAUAGAGACAUAGACAUGAUGAUAUCUGGGCAGCGCCAUACCUUUCUUGGAAAGUACAAGGUCGGAUUUACAAAUGAUGGGAAGGUUCAGGCUUUGGAUCUUGAAAUCUACAACAAUGGUGGAAACUCGCUGGACCUGUCUGGUGCUGUCCUUGAACGUGCUAUGUUCCAUUCAGAUAAUGUUUAUGAUAUACCAAAUGUCAGGAUCAAUGGAAAGGUUUGCUUAACUAAUUUUCCUAGUCACACUGCUUUCCGAGGAUUUGGUGGUCCUCAGGGUAUGCUCAUCACUGAAAAUUGGAUUCAAAGAAUUGCCACAGAACUUAAGAAAAGCCCAGAAGAGAUAAGGGAGAUUAAUUUUCAAAGUGAAGGAUGUGUUACACACUAUGGUCAACAACUCCAACACUUCACACUGCCCCGGGUUUGGAAUGAACUGAAGUCAUCGUGUGAGUUUUUAAAGGCUCGGGGCGAAGUUGACCAGUUUAAUCUUCAAAAUCGGUGGAAGAAACGUGGAGUUGCUAUGGUUCCAACAAAGUUUGGCAUUUCCUUUACAACAAAGUUUAUGAACCAGGCAGGUGCUUUAGUUCAUGUCUAUACAGAUGGCACUGUUUUAGUGACACAUGGGGGUGUUGAGAUGGGGCAAGGUUUACAUACAAAAGUUGCUCAAGUUGCUGCUUCUUCCUUCAAUAUUCCACUCAGUUCUGUAUUUAUAUCAGAGACAAGUACCGACAAGGUUCCUAAUUCAACACCAACAGCAGCUUCUGCAAGUUCUGAUAUGUAUGGAGCUGCAGUUUUAGAUGCUUGCGAGCAAAUAAAAGCACGGAUGGAGCCGAUAGCUUCAAAACGUAAUUUUAGCUCUUUCGCUGAGCUGGUUACUGCAUGCUAUUUGGAGCGAAUAGACCUUUCGGCUCAUGGAUUUUAUAUUACACCUGAUAUUCAUUUUGAUUGGAAGACUGGCAAAGGGAGCCCAUUCAGUUACUUCACCUAUGGAGCUUCAUUUGCUGAGGUUGAAAUUGAUACAUUGACAGGAGAUUUUCACACUAGGGUGGCAAAUGUUUUCUUGGAUCUUGGACAUUCGAUAAAUCCAGCCAUUGAUGUUGGACAGAUUGAAGGAGCAUUUGUGCAAGGUCUGGGUUGGGUUGCCUUAGAAGAGCUAAAAUGGGGAGAUGCAGCUCACAAAUGGAUUCCACCUGGUUGCCUGUACACAUGUGGGCCUGGAAGUUACAAAAUUCCUUCUAUCAAUGAUGUCCCCUUAAAAUUUGAUGUUUCACUUCUGAAGGGUGCUCCAAAUCCAAAGGCCAUCCAUUCAUCCAAGGCUGUGGGUGAGCCUCCAUUUUUUCUGGCUUCCUCUGUCUUCUUCGCCAUCAAAGAUGCAAUUGUGGCCGCACGAAGAGAAGUGGGGAACAAAGACUGGUUUCCUCUUGAUAAUCCAGCAACACCUGAGCGGGUCCGGAUGGCUUGUCUAGAUGAAUUUGCCAUGCAAUUUGUCAGCUCUGAUUUCCGCCCAAAGCUUAGUGUUUAAUCCACUGGUUGCUGCUGUACUUAUGCAGUGAAUCUGCAUCUGUAAUUAUACAAAAAAGGGUUGAUGCUCAACUUAGCAUAUCGCAACAUGUGAAAUAGUCAAUAAUGAAUUCACCCAUUUCAAGUACCACAAACUGUACUUUCUUUACAUUCUUACACCCAUUAGAACUAGAACCGCUGCUGCAACAGGUGAUUGUGUACGGAUUGACAAGAACUGAUUUAAUACAAUAUUGGUUGUUGCAUUUGAUUCCA